AUGCGUCGGCGCUCCUCCGUGUUGAACAGGAUUGGCACCUUCCCAGAUUCCACCAGUUCACACCCCGCCAGCCCAGGUCAAAGAGUGGUCCGGGGGCCAAGCCUACAGAGCCCGGGAUGUUCAAGACCUGAAAUCACCAGGGUGCAUGCCUCCUUAUCACUGCCAGACCCCACCAGCCACCCCGAGGCCGCCUUCACUGGAGGCAAUCAGCCUGCUCGCUGGCUUCAUUUGCUACUCAGCCACGGCAGACAGUUGGCUGGUGGCUACUGCUUUCAGGGGACUCUGUCAGAUGAGUCCGCAUUUCCAGAGCAGCAGCUGUUAGCCAUCUUCCAUGGAAAGUCCAUCCACCAGGACCUCUCCAUGGCGCUGGCAGAGGAGUCCUGCUUUAGCCACCAGGGCUUCAUUUUGCGGAAUGUGAUGUUCCUGAAAUCUCAUGGCCCCAAGCGGUCGCGUUUCCGCAGCGAUUUUGAGAGUCACACCACGAGGGCAGGGACCUUGUGUUUCUGCACUGCCGCAUCCUCAGGAUCAGGUUGCCGAGGUGCCCAAGUAGAAGAAAUAUGGAGUUUAGAGCCUGAGAAUUUUGAAAAAUUGAAGCCUGUUCAUGGAUUGCUUUUCUUUUUCAAGUGGCAGCCAGGAGAAGAACCAGCAGGCUCUGUGGUUCAGGACUCCAGACUCGACACAAUAUUUUUCUCCAAGCAGGUAAUUAAUAAUGCUUGUGCUACACAAGCCAUAGUAAGUGUGCUGUUGAACUGUACUCAUCAAGAUGUUCAUUUAGGAGAGACAUUAUCAGAAUUUAAAGAAUUUUCACAAAGUUUUGAUGCAGCUAUGAAAGGUUUGGCACUGAGCAAUUCAGAUGUCAUCCGACAAGUACACAACAGCUUCGCCAGACAGCAGAUGUUUGAAUUUGAUGCGAAGACAUCAGCCAAAGAAGAAGAUGCUUUUCACUUUGUCAGUUACGUUCCCGUUAACGGAAGACUGUAUGAGUUAGACAGACUGCGGGAAGGACCGAUUGACUUAGGUGCGUGCAAUCAGGAUGACUGGAUCAGCACCGUGAGGCCCAUCAUCGAGAAAAGUAUACAAAAGUACAGCGAAGGUGAAAUUUGAUUUAACUUAAUGGCCAUUGUGUCAGACAGAAAAAUGAUCUAUGAACAGAAGAUAGCUGAGCUACAGAGACAGCUUGCCGAGGUUUGUGGCCGUGUUUUUGAGGAACCCAUCGAUACGGAUCAGGGUAACAUGUUGAGUGCUAUUCAGUCAGAGGUGGCCAAAAACCAGAUGCUUAUUGAGGAAGAAGUACAGAAAUUGAAAAAAUAUAAGAUUGAAAAUAUCAGAAGGAAGCACAAUUACCUGCCUCUCAUUAUGGAAUUGUUAAAGACGUUAGUAGAACACCAGCAGUUGAUACCACUGGUAGAAAAGGCAAAAGAAAAACAGAACGCAAAGAAAGCACAGGAAACCAAAUGCAGAAGAUGCUUUGGGAUGUGCACACAUUUCUGCUUCUGCAUUUAUUUCCAUGGGAACCAUUAAGUGUAAAGAACGUUGAGCAAUACCCUGAGUGACUCUGCACGUUUGGCAAUAGUACCGGUCUGUUUUGUCUUUAAUGCAUGGACCCACACACGUUUCCCUACCUGCAUCAUGUGCAUGGAGUGCCUGUUAAACACAAAUGAUGCUGAGAGUGCUUGCCCAAACCCCAUUAUUUGACAUUGGAUCUGAGAACUUCCGUGAUUCCCUGCAUAUAUAGCUACUGUAAUGGACCUAGAAAAUGAACAAAUGGUAUUCUCUACCUGUAAUUGAUAAGUUAAUCCUUUGAUCUUUUAGCUCUGUCAAAUACUUAAAAUUUAUAAAUGUCAGAUCUUGAUUGAACUUGAUCUCUUGUUCCUUCUCAUCAUUAAUGGGAAAAAAUCAGUAUUUCUGUCUUGGAUAAUUAAAUAUUUUGAGGAUUUUAAAACUGAAAAAAAAAA